AUGUCACCCUUACACUUCCAAGCCGAGAAGCCCGCCAUUCCAGUUGUGACCGUCGGAGUCCAUCGCUCCACAGUCGUCGCGACCAGCAGCAUCUUCGCCGGUACCCCAUUCUCCCAGACUGCCAUUAUGGAUCUCAAAGAGUCGCCUGAGCAGUACCGGUACUCAGCACACAAUCUGGGCGUUGUGCUGCAUGCUCUGCAUCCAAGACCACAGGUUCUCGUGACUGGUACGGCUGUCGGAGAGCUCGUGGAUGAAGUAGAAAGGGUGUGGGAUGAGUAUGUCGAGGGAGUUUUGAAGGUAGAGGGCGUGGAAAAGGCUGCUUACGUGCCGCUGUCGGACUUCCAUUCCUCGGAUGGCCCGCCACCGCCUGGGACUGUUGAGUAUCUGAUGGACAAGCUGCAAGAGACAUUUGGGUGA